AUGGGACGCAGGCGCAGAACUGCAACUCCAGGAGGACCCGGUGGCCAUUGGGCUCCGCUGUAGGAGAAACUACAUUUCCCAUAAGUUUUCGCACUGCAGCGGCAGAGCCUAUAAGCUUUGGAAUAGCCGGCGUGUGGACCGCGCGACGUGCGGCUGGACAUGGCUUUCUUGGUCGGAUCCCUAGGUCGCCAGUUGGGCCGCCUGAGGUGGCUCCAGCCCCGGGCCUGGCUGGGACUCCCCGACGCCUGGGGACUCCUCGCCGCACAGCAGAGCCGGGGAAAGGCGCGCGGGAACGAGUAUCAGCCGAGCAACAUCAAACGCAAGCACAAACACGGCUGGAUCCGGCGCUUGAGCACGCCGGCCGGCGUCCAGGUCAUCCUUCGCCGCAUGCACAAAGGCCGGAAGUCUCUGAGCCAUUGAGGAUUGCGACGCCGACCGCGGGACCCCCAUUAAAGCCUUUGUCUCUCCUGGGACCUCUCUUGCUCUUGCUUUUGUGGGGAGCCCGGACGACUCAGACAUGCGUGCACCUCAAAUUGUGGGGUUGGCCCAGGGGGAGAAGUCUGGGGCUGGACUGAGAGUGGGAGUAGGAAGUCAGACCUAGUCCCUUUCUACGAUUUUUGAAUUAGGAAGAAUUUUGAACACACGGCAACAGCCCACUGAAUAGCACAGUGAACCCCGUGUACUCUGUACACAGCUCUGACCACCAGUUACCCCCAACCCACCUGCCCCCUCCUGUGUUAUUUUGGAGCAAAUCUCAGGCAUCGGGUUAUUUCUUCUGUAAGUAUAUCAGAAUGCAUCUCUUCUAGAAAAAGCCUUUUUAAACACUCCAGGCCUGGUGACAGGCCUUUUAAGAACCUAACCAAAACAACUUUUCACACCUAAAACAAAUGGUUAACGUUGUUCCUUAAUAUCAUUAAGUGUCUAAUAAAUGUCCGAAUUUCCA